AUGCAAUCCCCCCAGCCCCAGACCGGCAGUCAGGAGCCCAAACUCGAACGAUCCAUCACGCUGCGCUUCGUUGGAGAUUGGGGCCAGGCGAAUUUCCAUCGCAUCUGCUCGACCUUGGCUCAGGAGUUCUGCGACCGGGCCGGACCACGCUCGCGAGUUGCCAUCUGGAACAUCCGACACGGCGGUUUUGAAUGCCUCACUGAGGUCGAGGAUGGCGAAGUGGACCUCGCCAUCGCAACGCCAGUCGACCUGAUCGCACAGGCCACCCAGACUCACUCCCCGGAUACUCCUUCCGCACGGCUCUAUCCGCGACAGCUGCCGAACCUGCGUGCCCUGGCUGUCUUGCCACAGAACGACUCCAUGGUGCUUGCGAUUCAUCCCAAGUUCGGCAUAUCUUCUUUCGAGGAGCUCCGUCAGAAGAAACCCGCGCUCCGCAUCGCCACCAGCCGCAAUGACGGGACCAGUUUCAUCGGCCACGUUGCAGCGCAGUACAUGGAGGCGCACGGCAUCUCCGAGGAAACUCUGCACUCAUGGGGAGGAUCGUACAAGCUCGACUACCGACCGGAGCAGUCCCUGUUCGCCGCACAGGCAGGCGAGGUCGACGCCGUUCUGCAAGAAGCCAUCAUGACACCGUGGUGGCGCGACGUGAUUGAGCAGAACGGCUUCGUGCCGCUAGCCGUGGAAGAGGAAGCCCUCGCAACACUGAAAGAGACGGUGGGACUAGGCAGCAACUCGCUCCCGGCGGGAUACUGGGCGCCGCUGAAGCGAGACCUGCCGACGCUGUCGUUCCAGGACUUUGUCGUCCUCGUCCACAACGACAUGCCCGACGACGUGGCGCAUCUGCUGGCCUGGUGUCUGGUCGAACAGAGGAUGACGUUUGAGAAGCCGUAUCACCACAUGCCGCCGCACAGAAGCCCGUUGACAUACCCGCUGGAUCCGGCGAAGAUGGCGGCAUCGCCCAUACCCCUCCACCCCGGGGCCAAGCGCUUCUACCAAUCGGCAGGCUACCUAUGA